AUGUCUCGAAUAAUUAAAACCAAAUCACCAUCAUCAACGUCUAAAAUUAACGAUAAACAUGAUAGAGACGAAAAAACUGACCUUUACGAGUCUAACGAGAUGAUUAAAACCAAAUCACCAUCAUCAACGUCUAAAAUUAACGAUAAACGUGACAAAUAUGAAAAGACAACCCUUUAUGAUUCUAACGAGAUGAUUAAAGCCAAAUCACUCUCGUCAACAUAUAACAAUAAGAAUAAACGUUAUAGAGACGAAAAACAAAUUUUUACGAGUUUAACAAAAGGACGAAAACAAAAUCACUAUAAUCGUCGUCUAAAACUAACGAUAAAUAUGAGAAGACAAAAUUUUAUGAAUCAAACAAUCAGAUUAAAACCAAAUCACCUUCAUCAACGUUUAACAAUAACGGUAAACGUGAUAAAAGACGAAAAACAAACAUUUGUGAGUCUAACAAAAGGAUUAAAACAAAUCAUCGUUAUCAACAUCUAA